GCAAAUUUUAGGCUGAACAAAAGACAACCAACUCUCCUAUUGGUGAAUACGAAGGAAGGAAAAAAAUCACGGUGACGAUAAUGCGAAAGAGUAGGAGUGCGGGCGAGUGAGCCAUUAAUUGCUUAUAUAGAUAUAUAUUUUCGUGCUGGCAGUAAAGUACAAGCAUCGGGAAAAAGUGAAAAACUUAUUUCUACUCGCUAUCAUCAUCACUACCCACUAAGGCUAACCAAAAACCCAGCCAUCGAAGCGAAAGAAACAACAAUAAAAGCCAACGACGACAAAUUAACCAACCUAUGAACCGACCGAACCAACGAAACCGCACCGUCAGCAACACCGACAACAGUAACACCAGCAGCAGCAGUAACAGCAGCAGCAACGGAAAUAAUCUCUUUCAAUUUACACCGCAUUCCUCUCUGCUCUCCACUGCAUUCCACCACUGCUAAAUUAACCCAGAAAAUACAAAUGUGCGCAAGUUUUUUCGUGAAUUUCGUUCGUAUUGAUUUAAUGUCGUUCGCUAAGUGAAAAGUACAUAGAAAACAACAAAAAGGAAAAAGAAAAAGAAAUAAACAAACAAACACAAAAAUCAAAUAAGUAUAAAGUUAUAAUUAUAAUAAUAAUGCUAAAAUAACAAAUACAUAUAAAGUAGAUAAAGUGCUAGCGGUAUCGCAAGAAAAAACGAAAAACGAAUUGAGUUAAUGUCGUGUAGUUUUCCUCUCGUGUAUUUAGAGAGCUUAAAUCAACUACAACGAAAAGCUAUCACCACCAGCCGUGUCCAGUAGGCGUAGCGGGUGUUAUAGAGACGUAAAUUGAUAUAAGGAGAGAAAGAGAGAAAGAGAAAAAGGGUGAAAAAAACUACAAAAAGAAAUUCAAAUACGUGACUUUCGCUGUCAUUCUGCUGAUACUCAACACAGUCAGUAAAUAAAUAAAAACUAGCACAAAAUGCCGCCAAACGCGAAUACAAACACCGAGGAGCAGCUGCCGGAGGAGUCCACGCAGGGUCUGGAGGCGGACAAUCAGAAAGCUGAGGAGACCACGCAGGGAAAGGUGUUCCCUGAAUUAGCGCAAAAAAUGUUCACAGAGGCAACCACUUUGACACCAAAAACCACAACAGAGGCGGAGGAGGAGCCCACCACAACAACUGUGUCCACCAUUCAGAAAAUCGGACAUGCUGGCGAAGUUGUCACCGAGGUGAUUGCCGAGAAGACCGGCCUACCCACAUGGGGUGUGGUAGCCAUUAUCAUAUUGGUAUUCCUCGUCGUCUUUGGUAUACUCUUCUUUUGUGUACGUCGUUUCCUGAAGAAGCGACGAACCAAAGAUGGUAAGGGUAAGAAGGGUGUCGAUAUGAAAUCGGUACAAUUAUUAGGAUCAGCGUAUAAAGAGAAAGUUCAGCCUGAUAUGGAGGAACUCACCGAAAAUGCUGAAGAGGGCGAUGAAGAGGAUAAACAGAGCGAGCAAAAAUUGGGGAGAUUAAAUUUUAAGCUCGAAUAUGACUUCAACUCCAACAGUUUAUCGGUCACCGUUAUACAAGCUGAAGAAUUACCCGCCCUUGAUAUGGGCGGCACAUCGGAUCCUUAUGUCAAAGUUUAUCUGCUGCCUGAUAAGAAGAAGAAAUUCGAAACUAAGGUGCAUCGUAAGACAUUGAGUCCCGUUUUCAAUGAAACCUUUACAUUUAAGAGCUUGCCCUAUGCCGAUGCCAUGAACAAGACGCUCGUAUUUGCUAUUUUCGAUUUCGAUCGUUUCUCCAAACACGAUCAAAUCGGCGAAGUGAAGGUGCCACUCUGUACCAUUGAUUUGGCGCAAACUAUUGAGGAAUGGCGAGAUUUGGUUAGCGUUGAAGGUGAAGGCGGACAGGAAAAGCUUGGCGAUAUCUGCUUCUCAUUACGUUACGUACCAACCGCUGGCAAGCUAACUGUUGUCAUCUUGGAGGCAAAGAACUUGAAGAAGAUGGACGUCGGCGGAUUGUCUGAUCCAUAUGUGAAAAUUGCAAUCAUGCAAAAUGGAAAACGUUUGAAAAAGAAGAAGACAAGUAUCAAAAAAUGCACCCUCAACCCUUACUAUAAUGAGUCGUUCUCAUUUGAAGUACCAUUUGAACAAAUACAAAAAAUCUGUCUUGUCGUUACUGUUGUGGAUUACGAUCGUAUUGGUACAUCUGAGCCCAUUGGACGCUGCAUACUCGGCUGUAUGGCUACUGGCACGGAAUUGCGUCAUUGGUCUGAUAUGUUGGCUUCACCACGACGACCGAUUGCUCAAUGGCACACACUCAAGGAUCCCGAAGAAACCGAUGAGAUAUUGAAGAAUAUGAAGUAAAGUGGUGGUUUAGGGUUCACACGUAGAGCAUGAGCGUGACAUGAGUAGGAGCGGUAGAAAACGUGACACGUGAAGAUCAAGUUAUUCAUCAAUACAAUGAAUUCAUGUACUAAUCGCAAAAUAAAUCAACUGACAUACAUACGUGUAUACCUAAAAUACAUACAUAAUUACAUUACUUGUAUUUAUGUAUUAUAAAUUAACCAUAAUGCGAAUGAAGCCGCAGAGAUGUUAUUUAGCGUAAUUGAACACAAUACAACAUGCCGUCAACAACAACAACAACAACAAUAAGAGCAACAGCAAGAAACCAAUUAAUUCGUUUAUAAAAUCAGAAUAUAUACAUACACAGUGUACAACAAUAUACCAAACAACAAGAACAACAGGCAAACGCUCAUCAUUAGUUCCAUAUAAGAAAAGAGAGUAACUGGAUUACACGAAAAAAAUAAUUGUCUUAUUAAAUGAACAGAAGAAUAUUCAUAAAACAUACUAAAUAUAUUGUAAACAAUACAUAUACGCAAAAUUAUGAAAGCUAUUUUUAUUUCUUUUUUUUUUUUUUUUGUUUUUAAAUAUGUUAAAUAUGAUAUUCCGAAAACGCAAGAAUACAAAAGUAAAAAAAGAACUGUUAUUUUAGGCCUCGACUUUGACCUCGUAACCAACAAUCAAAUAGAUACACCGUGAAAAAAAAACUAACUAGAGAAAUUUCGAGAAAAAAGUCAGUGCAGCGAGGCGGGUCGGGCACAAAAACAUAUACAAAAACACAAAAAAAAAACUCUACUUAGACAAAUGUUGGAACACUUACGAAAAUUCAUACAAACAUACAUAUACAUAUAUACUAUGUAUGGCACUUAUAUUUGUUAAAGACAAAAAAACAUACAUAUAUAAAAAUAAAUAAAUAAAUAAAUAAAUAAACUCAGUAACUGUUGACUUCCUGUUAAAAUGUUUAUAUAAAACUAUAUGCAAUGUAAUAAUAUUAUAUUAUAUUGUAUUGUAUUCUAUUGUAUUGAAUCGUAUUAUAUCUAUUGUGACCAUAUUGUACUAUAUACAUAUGUAUGUAUGUAUUUUGAAAUGCCUCAACUUUAUGCUCUCUCCAAAGUAGUUUGUUUUCUGUCUGCUUUCAGCUCGACUUUUUUUUUUUUUAAUAAGGAAAGGUAUUUAUUUUUAUUUAUUAUCUUAUAUAUAGUACAUAUAUAUUUUAGCUAAUUUAAAUACAUAUAUUUAAAAUAGAAAAUGAUGUUUCGAAAAUUAGCUUAAAAUUUACAAAAACCAAACAUGAUUGCAACUAUGUAAAAAUCUAAGUCCAAAAAAAAAAAAACAACCAAACAAAAUAAAAGUAUAAAAUACAAAAAUUGUAAACAAUAAAUAAAAAAGUUUCAAUUCUUAAUACUGUUUGCCAUUUUUUGUCUCUAUUCGAAUUGUAAUGUAAAUUGUAUUAAAAAUUUUAAUUAUAUAAUAAAGUUGUUAAAAAUUUAUGCUAUAUAUAAGUAAAUGAUGAGAUUUUCAAUUCAAAAUAAGUAAAAGAAAUAAUAUUUAUAUUAAAACUGUAAAAGCGAGAGCGAGCGCUUGGGCUGAUAAGUUUAUGUUCAUUGAAAAAAAAAACUAAAAAAAAAUGUAAUUUAUCAUUUAAACUACAAUACAUAGAAUAAAAUCACAAACAAGCAUAAACUAAUUGGAUUUUCUAUUUAACUUUUUCCUUAUGCCUCACUUUAACUGACUUUAGGUGUACAGACAGCGAUGACCACUUUUUUUAACUUCUAUCAACAGUACCAAUGGCAACUAGUUGUCUAAAUAUUAUGUUGUAUUUAAUUAAUAAGCGCUUUAUAGUAGGCUUUUAACUUUUUAAAUUAAAAUUAAAUAUUUUAACACACUUCCGACUUAGUUUCAUAUCAAAGCGUCAGUGGAGCAAACCUAAAAGUAAGUUUGGUUGCUUACGUAUUUAUGUGUCGAAAUACUUUACUUUGUGUGCAUGCACUAUUGCUGUCAUAAGCACACACUUUUUCUUUAAACUUAACUCUCAAAAAGAAAGCAAUUACUUUGAUUCCUCAUAACAAUGAGAAUUGUUUCAUUUUCCCUCCCACGCCACAUUCGCCCGGAAAUUUAGAACACCGACAUGCUGAAUGCAGCAAUUCAUUUGUAGCAAUUGAUCAGCAAUAGAACCAAAAAAAGAGAGGGAAUUCAAUUAUUUCAUAUGCUUUUACACCAAACCGCACUUCAACUUUUGAAAAUUUGUGCAUGAGCAAAAAAUUAUAAAAUGCAAUUGAAAUAAAAGCAAAUGGUGAGAGUAUCGCCGGCAGGUGACUUUUUAUCGAUAACAAUUGCGUGAGUUCGGCGAUUCUUUUUAAAGUUACGACAUUACAAAUUGCUAACAUUUAAAAUUAAAAAAAAGUAAACUUUUUUGUUGAAAAUCCAAUUGUUUAUAGCGCGUUAAUCGUAUGUAUGUCCAUUUUCAUUACAAUUGUACAAUAAAUAUUUAAAAAGAAAUCAAUCAGUAAUUUAUGUAUCAUGAAUUUUUUUCAAAUGAAAUUAAAAAA